GGACCAGCAAGGCCACGAGAGGAGGAGAUUCCUUAAGCAAUCCGGACCCGGGAGCCGGUAGUGGUUCUAGCAGAUCUACGUUGGCUGCAGUCUCGAGAGACACGGACACGGACACAAGCGGGGCGAGCAGAGGGGUAGUCGGCGCACGAAGCGCGCGGGACUCGCGGGUGGAGGUCGCGAAACCCGUUAAACUGUUGUGGAAACCUCCGACCAGCACCAGCACCAGACCGCCGUCGUCAUGCAGCGAACGUUCGGUGGCCUAUCGGCGGCCGCGAACCGGGCUGGCGUGUACGAUGGGAAGAUCGCCGGGCUGUACGAUCUCGAGGAGACGCUCGGGUCGGGCCACUUUGCCGUUGUCAAGCUGGCGCGCCACGUGUUCACCGGCGAGAAGGUGGCCGUGAAGGUGAUCGAGAAGACGAAACUGGACGAGAUCUCGCGGGCCCACCUGUUCCAGGAAGUGCGCUGCAUGAAGCUGGUCCAGCACCCGAACGUCGUCCGGCUGUACGAGGUGAUCGACACGCAGACGAAGCUGUACCUUAUACUAGAACUCGGCGACGGGGGCGAUCUGUACGACUACAUUAUGCGCCACGAGAAGGGCCUCUCGGAGAAUGUGGCCCGCGAGUACUUCCGGCAGAUCGUGCGCGCCAUCUCCUACUGCCACCAGCUGCACGUGGUCCAUCGAGACCUAAAACCGGAGAACGUGGUGUUCUUCGAGAAGCUGGGAGUCGUAAAGCUGACCGACUUUGGGUUUAGCAACAAGUUCUGCCCGGGUCAAAAGCUGGAAACGUCCUGCGGCAGUUUGGCGUACUCAGCGCCGGAAAUUCUUCUCGGCGACUCGUACGAUGCACCGGCAGUCGAUGUGUGGUCGCUGGGUGUGAUACUGUUUAUGUUGGUGUGUGGACACCCGCCGUUUCAGGAGGCCAACGACUCGGAAACACUGACAAUGAUCAUGGACUGCAAGUACACGAUGCCGCCCCACGUUUCCGAUGGAUGUCGCAAUCUCAUCAGCAAAAUGUUGGUGCGCGCCCCGGAGAAGCGAGCCACGUUACAUCAGAUCGCGCAGGACGAGUGGCUGAUGGAGGGCAGCUGCGGGGAGACGACCGAAAAUCUGCCGCUGGUCAGCCGCGAGCAGGUCAGCGAGGAGGAUCACUCGUUGAUCAUCCAGAAGAUGAUCAACGGCAAAAUAGCUACCAAAGAGGAAAUACUAGAGGCUUUAGAUCGUAACGAGUACAAUCACAUUACGGCGACCUAUUUCUUGCUGGCGGAGCGAAAACUGCGAUCCCACCGCCAGGAGGAAGCGCAAAAGCGGAAACCGGAGCUGACGUUACCGGUUUCCAAUUCCGCACGGAUGCAAACUUUUAAGAAAAACGAUGUGGACGAGGAUGAGGAUACGCAGGGUGGACUGCUUUCAACGACACUGGGUAUGCACCUGAGUGUGCCGCGGACACCGGGAACUGAUUCGGGACAGACGGGUCGUAGCCGGAAGUGCAGCAUCGUGCAGGAGGAGGAAGACGACGAGGAUGACGUUCACUGUGCGGGUCACGAGGAACUGUCAACGCCGCUCAACCGCAGGGGAUCGCGCUCGGAGGGACGCAUCAGCGUGACGGUGCAGGACCGGAUAGCGGAAUCAGAGCGGCUGAAACUGGAAGCGAAAAAGUAUCAACAACUCGAGCAGUCGAAGCUGAGCAGUGCGGUGGAUGAAACGGACUCUAGCCACCACUACGCCGGUGGUCAGAGUCAGCAGAUGUCGCCGCUGCUCGGUGGUAUCGGUAACGUGACGCUCAUCACGAGCGAAAACAGUAGCACGAAGGAGCGGCUCGGUAUCGCGGGCGGCGGCCUGCACAGGAAACCGAUGCCGGAGCUGAAGCGAACGGUGGCAGUGCCGGGCGGCGGUGGUGGCGCCCCGGGUGCUAGUAUCGAGCCGAAGAAGACGUCGAUUCUGAAGCCAACGCUGGUGAAGAUCAUCAGCGACAGUAGCACCGGAAACACCAACGUACGGUCCGGUUCGUUCGAUCAGUGCAUGCGAAACCAUCUGUCCGGCGGAGGAGGAGAGCUGGUGACGACGAAAAUCAUUACGGACAGCUCGACGAUCACGAUCCCGAUACCGACGCUCAACAUAGUGACGGCAUCGACGAUCCCGAAGUACAAGACGAUGCCAUCACCGACGCGCUCGAACGCGAUCUUGACCGCCACGACCAACUGUCUGAACGAGAUCUUCGAGGAGGGCACGGACGUGGGCAGUUCGGACAGUACCAGCACCACACCACGGCCCGUCAUCCGUAGCCAGUACGUGGGGGGCCGUGCACCGGGUCAGAUGCAGUCGACCAACGGAACGACCGCGGUCGUUGUUGGGAGCACCGGUGCUGGUGGUGCUGGUUCCGGUGGCGGUAAUGGGGCCGGACACAACGUCCACCGGCGCAGUAGGUUCAACAAAUCGCGCACCGCUUCGUGCAGCAGUUCGGAUGCGUCGGACGAUGAUUCGGAGAAUCGGAAAAAGCGGGCACACAAGAUCGUGGACGGUGGCAGCAUUAAGCCGUUGACGCAGCGACGCGAUUCGCACGAUGAUUCGAGUGACUCGCAGGACCCGGGCAGUAAUGUGGCCGGUGCCGGUGGUGGCAGGCAGCUCAAGAAUGGUAUGAACGGUGCGAACACUGCUGCCAGCAGUGGUAGUGGAGGGACCGGCGGUGGCGGCAGUAGUACCAGUGGCCAACAGGGUGCUGGCGGAGGAGGGGCUCAGUCGUCGGAUGGAUCUUCGUCGUCCGGUGGUGGUGGUGGUGGUGGCAGUCGACAGAAGGCGUCCCAGUCGCAGGUAGACUUUCGCCGGCAUCGGGGCCGCAGGAGGCCGGUGGAAACGCGGUUGCGCGAAUCGCAGUCGCUGAAUCGCAUCACCGAGGUGCAAGAGUCGGAAGUGGGCCACGGUGGCGGCCAGCUGGCCAGCUGUAGCACGGGCGUUGCCACCACACCGGCGGUGGUGGCUCUCGGUGCGGCACACGGCGUGGACGCAACGGUCAAUGGAGUUGAUGGAUCCUGUGAUAGAAUGGCGGAAGACGACCGGGAACCGAGGCGACAAGACCGGGGGGCUAGCGCUUCUAUCGCUAGUGAACCUGCGAGCAGCAUCCGAGCGACUGUGGGCGCGGCGAAGAGUCCAGCCCAAGCGAAGCAACAUGCGCCAUCGAAACCGAAAGGAUUCAGUGCGAGAAUAUUCCAUACGUUCAAGAAACAUCCGGCGGCGGCCGCGGCAGUGCCGGCAGUGACGACGGCGCAGGUCCUCAAUGAUCCGCCAUCGACGGCAUCCGGAGACGACAUUGAGAUCGUGGUGGAGCUGGCUAAAGCCCUGAACAACGCGGCCGACGGUGGUGGAACGGGCAAGGCCGCUGGCGGCGGUGGUGGCAACACAAAGAAGAUCAAAAUUCUUGGCCGUUACUUUCAGGUGCAUAAGAAAAUUUACGUUCCCCUGUCCGGUCUGUUCCAGCGCGGCCGGCUCUACAAGGCCCAGUCGUGCGGCUCGAUCGUGCGUGAUCGCGUCAACGUGAACCCGAACGGGGGCGGGUCGGGCACCACUGGCCGCCAUUCGACGAUCUUUAGUGAGAAGAAUAGAAUCAUUAAAAACUGCCUCGGUAGCGGUGGCGCUGGUGGCGGCGGUGGUGUUGGUGGUUCGCGGCAUCUCGGUAGCGAUGGCGACAUAAACCACAACAAUGGGGCAAGCCACCACCAUCACCAUAGCAGCAGCUUUCUGGCCACCCUCUCCAGCUCGGAGGCCACUGGCGGAGGUGGUGGCGAUGGUUUCGGGAGCGGUCCAUCGCCGAUCGAGCACCUCGUCGCGAAGGGGGGUCCGUCCACGAUCGAUCGCACGUCCGGUGCCGCUGCCUCGGCGGUGACCGUGUCCACCGUCACAGCAGUUCCUAUUAAAACGGCAUAGGCGGAGCUCGCACGGCGGCAUAGCAGCGCAGCGGCAGCAUCCAGCAUUCCAUCGAUGGCUCUCUAGGGGGAGAGACCGUAGCGAGUCCCUCGCGGGUGAUGAAGUGACACCAAUCGCAGAUCGCCGCAUCGACACACAUACAGCUAUAAUGCCAAAGAAACAUCACGACGACGCUUCGCCGUGCGUUGUGCACGCCGCGAACACGGAUGCGUGAACAGGAAUCUCUCCCCGUGCAUGUGUCUCUUUCGCUUUCUCGAUCGCAUUCACUACUUGACCUAGCCGGGAAGCAUCCGGAACAGAGAGAGAGAAAGAGAGGGCACUGAACGUCGCCGCGCCGACGGGUGAAGAAGGGCCACUCUGAAUGUGCAAUAUUUCAUUUACAAACACAGGGUUAGAAUUUGAAAAGUAUUAUCGAGAGAGAGAGAGUGUGCAUGUGUGUAUUACGUUACGUUAAGUUGUAGCUUCGGUAGUAGGCUUUCGUCGUGUAUCCUUCCUUCCUUUGGCACACCGAUCUAAGGAGACCACGGCACGACAGGAUGUUUUGGACGACAACUAGUAGUGAUAGCCUACUGGGGUGUGGUUGAAAAGGAAGAGCCUGAUUCGCAGUGUGCGAGAGGCACAGAGGAAGAAACUAUUUUGGAACAAAAAUGAGUUUUUAAACCAACAAUCGGUACUUUUGAUAUUAACACUUACCAAUUUGUGGAAGGGUCGAUCGACGACUAAUCGUCACAAUGGACAACAGGUUUACUGUACGGGAAUGUGGACGCGGGGCGAACAAAGAGCCGUUUCUUUUGUGUGUUACUUUUUAUUUCCGUGUAUGUGCUGUGCACAGCAAUUAAUUACUAUAAUUCCUAUCUGACGCGCGUUACUACGGCAUUACUACGGCGUUACUGAACUCUUAGUGUUACGUUAGUGUGUUAGGAAUUGUGUAACGCGCGCUCUCUUCAGAAAGUACUGAGAUGUAACCCUUCUGAAAGCGCUUACGGAGGGAGAAUAGACACUAAUAGCACACACAGUAGAGUAAUUGUUUUUGUUUUUCUAGUACCUCUACGUCCGCUUGCCGUCUGUUGCACACACCGGUGUGUUGUUUCUAGUAGCGGAACCAAUAGAUGAAGAAUUGCGGCGGCACAAACGAGCAGCUGGAAAAGUACCGCUCGCCCAGCAUAUAAUGUAUAUUUUGUACACUGUUCAAAGCCCGCAUAUUUCCAACAAAAAAUAGGCAUUUAUCGCGAUGUUAUCGAGUCGGACGGGCGCGACACGGGAUCUCACUGUAGAACUUCUCCUGUCGGUGACGGUAACAAAACUCGAACAAACACUGCGCAAACGAUUGUGGCAAAGACGGAAAAAACGAUCACAAUCAAACGGUGUCAAACAGGGCGGCAGUAUGAUUACGAGCCAACUGAUGGCCAGUAGACUGUGCACUUGGAAUUACACGCGCGAGCGAACAAAGUGUAGCGCGCAAAGGCACUUUUCGUGGGCAAUCGAAUGGGUAUUUGUUAGGUGUACUGUGAAGAUCGAACUGUAUCCAUGAUUUACUGUUUCCUUUCGUUUUUGUAAACUAUUUACCCCAGCACACUGAACGUAGAGCAACCGUAGAGUAGAGUUAUGCUGGAAGCGGACAAUUUAUAUUAAGUCACACAGCACCUUCCGCACACAUCCCGGGUGCGCACGGAUAGCGAACAAACAUGUGAGUGUUUAGCAAACUAGCAAAUUCGCUAUUAAUUUAAUCAAAACACACAAGGUAGUAGCAAAUCAGAAUUAGUAGAGAGCAGCGGUAGCAACACGCAAAUCUAACACGACGGGGUGUAAUGGGGUAGUAAAAGCCUUCAGUAGAUAUGAAGCGAAAGAUUGGAACCAUAUACUUUUCGCGAAACCAACGCAGGUGAAACAAUGGGCGCA